UCCCCUUUCCGGCGGGCUUCCGUAGCUGCUUUUGUUCCCCCGGAAGAAGUUCUCGGUCCGUGUGACGUCUGAGUGCCGUAAAGAUGGCGGAGUCGGAGGAGGAGGUGGACGUGCUGGUGCAGAGAGUUGUCAAAGACAUUACGACCGCGUUCAAGAGGAACCCCAACAUUGAUGAGAUUGGUGUGAUUCCGUGUCCAGAGGCUCGCUACAACCGCAGUCCCAUUGUGUUGGUGGAGAACAAACUGGGUGUUGAGAGCUGGUGUGUCAAGUUCCUGCUACCGUAUGUCCACAACAAGCUGCUGCUGUACCGCCAGCGCAAACACUGGCUGGACAGGGAAGCUUUAGUGGACAUCACCUGCACUCUGCUGCUGCUUAACCCAGACUUCACCACCGCAUGGAAUGUCAGGAAGGAGUUGCUGCAGUGUGGAGUUCUUAACCCAGAGAAGGACCUCUACCUGGGCAAGCUCGCUCUCACCAAAUUCCCCAAGAGCCCAGAGACGUGGAUACACCGACGCUGGGUGCUGCAGCAGAUUCUGCGUCAGGGCCACAGCAGGAAGCAGGAGCAGGAGCAGGGGGAGGCAGAUCAUGAAGAGAGGAGCCAACAGCUCAGUGACCAUCUGGCCAGGACGCUCCACCAAGAGAUAAAGGUGUGCUGUGACGCUGCCUGCCGCUAUCCCAGCAACUACAAUGCCUGGUCGCACCGCAUCUGGGUGCUGCAGCACAUGGCCAUGGGCAACAUUAAGGUUUUCCAUGACGAGCUGUCCUCUAUGCGCCUGUGGGUGUCCAUGCAUGUGUCCGACCACAGUGGCUUCCACUACCGGCAGUUCCUGCUCAAGGAGCUGAUCACUGAGCUCUCCCAGACUCAAGCUUCCACCACCACCACUACCACAGCCACCACAGAUUCACCCCAGCACUGUCCCAACAGUCCCCAUCAUCAUGGCCACAGUCAGGCUAACGGGGAGCUGUCAGGAGCAGAGGCAGGUGAGGAGGCCAGACAGCUCAGCUUCACUACAGUCCUUCAACUCUUCCACCAGGAGAUGGAGCUGUGCUCAGACCUGAUCCAGUCCUUUCCUGGGCACGAGACACUCUGGAGUCACAGGCGACAUGUCUUCUACCUGUGGCACCACUGGAGGAAGGAACACCAGCUCCACUGCAGCAGUAACGGAGGCAGCAAAUCAGUCAGUGUGAAAGACGGCGACCCCGGCCUGCAGACUGUCAGUGCUCAGAGCUGUGCAGGACGCAAAUGUGGGGAAAGUCUGAAUGGACAGAGGAAUGCAAGUGAAGCUAUGGAGGUAGAUGGGGGGUCUUUGCCAGACCCACGUGACAGCAAGCGACUGAAGAGAGGCAUCCUGCUGCCCGACCCCCCCACCCUACCCUCUGAGUACAGCUUUGUGAGCAGUAUCAUAGACAACUGCUGCAACCCCGAGCAGAGACGUUUUGCCCUUGCAUAUAAAAAGUGGUUAGACACUGUCAUUGGUCAGCAGCCUUGAGAGAAAGAGAGAGAGGGAGAGGGAGGGGGGAGUUGCCUUUAGACACAGAUUAAAAAUUGGCUUGCCUACCUGAAGUACUGACUUUAACUAAAAGUACUUCAGAUGCAGUGAUGGCUUUAGAAACCAGUCAUAGGGCAGCCUGGUUACUGUCCUAUCCUCCUGACAGUGAGUAGAGAGGAUGGGGAUUGUAGUUUGUUCUUCCUUGGAAACAUCUGGAUUUCCCUUUGCUUCAUCUGAGCCAGAACCCCUUCAGAAUGGAAAUCUGUAUAGACAGAGCCAAUGAGCUCUUAGUAGGUUCUGUUCUUACUUCAGGUAUCUCAGUGCCUCAGGUCAAAUUUCCACUCCUUUCUUGUCAGUCUGGCAUUCACCUGCACAUCGUUUCUGCUCCGAUAAUUCAGCAAAGAAACUAAAUGAAGCUGCCACAGGAGGAGAAUUCAUGUGUUUGCAGAGGUGAGAGCAGAGCACAAUUUCCACUCAAAAUCACUUGUCUGGUAGCUGUUCUAUGGAACGCCACAAUGACUCAAUAAAUCAGACAUGAAAUAAAUAAUCAUGGAUAAACACAAAUGUUAUCUCAUGGUAAAGGGGCUGUAUCAUGAAAAGUGACAUUGGUGAAAAAACUGCCAUUCUGAAAUGAAAAUGAAUUUAAAAGGGGCAUUUUUAACACAGCUAUAUCGCUUCAAGUGAUGAAAUAUCAUUUCACACUCUGCUGAGUUUAAAUAACUGACAUGAUUUAUUCACAUGUAAAUGUAUUUUUGAGUGAAUUAAACCUUUUAAAUAGAACAGAACCGUUGUGGCUCUGAUUGUUGAGCUUUGACGUCCUCUUCGCCAGACGAACGUGCUGAACUGUUUUUCUUUGAGGUUCCCCAGAUUUCCAUUCUGAAGGUGGUCACUUUUAUUAAUUAUGAAGUCAUCUUCUCAUUAUUUUCUUCUGUUCUGCCCUUGUUUGCUGUUGCUGGUUGACUUCUAAUUCUACUGGUGAAUAUAGGCAGUAAGUCCUCCCUAUGUAGCUAAGUUACAGUAACUUGCAACAGAAAGCCAAAAAGCUAGUUGUUAGCUUAAAAAUAGAUUGUGUUUGCUAUGUUAUAGAUUAGCCAUAGCUAACUUGCAAGUCUUACCUUUUGCCAACCUGAAGCAUUAAACAUAGAAGCAGAGACAUGUUCGCUGUACGGAGUUUGGCUUUGAAGGCUAGGCUGCUGGGGAAGCGAGUUUCCCUGACACUCAAUGGUGCUACAUGUUGCCGUUACUACAACUACUUCAUCUGUUACAUGGUGUUAGUGUCAAACAGGUGAACACCGAACAGCACUUUGGACUAUUUAAUGAUGAUAAUAAUGAUGAUAUAAUAAUCAAAAAUAGCAAUCAUUGUUUUGUGUUAUUUUGCACCAGGCUAGUUAACGGUAGGCCGAGCUGUUUUGUGUGACUAUCUUGUAUAAAACUAGACAGAACAUGGAAAGGUCAAAAUCUACAUGAUGUCUUUGUGUCAAGGAAAACUUUGUAGCAUUACUUUAAACAUUGUAACAUGCUGUAUCUGCAUGGUUCAUCCCUUCACUAAUGUAGAAGGUGAAAAUGGUCGCUCCUCCCACUACAUUGUCUCGUGCAUUGAUAAGGGAGGAACAGGAUUCUUAACAUUUGAAUCUAAUAAUCUGAAGUUGUGUAUUUUCAGAUAUCAGCUGAGAACAUCGAAUGGCGAGCACUUUUUCAGGAUGAUAUGGUGGGUCACUUACGAGUUGUUUGGCACACAAAUGAACAAAUGUAUAACUUCACAGAUGACGUUCCAUCAGCCAUAGACACAUUAGCGUUCACUAUAUGCAUCCCAACAUCACAUCUAAAUGUGUUGGGAACAGUUCUGUCCCAGUGGGCCUGUUAUCCAGUUUGGGAUCACUUCACAUGUAUAUACAGGUUGGAUUGGAUCUUUCUUUGAGACAACAUGGCAGAUUUGAGGAGAAAGAAACACACUGAUCAGUGUGCAGAGGCUGGCUAGCCAAAUCUUCCCAUAAUGGUCUCCAUGUGCUUCCUUGUAACCUGUGCCAUGUUGUUUAUACUUAGCUUCUCUUAGAAAUCUCCAAUGUAAGAGUUACAGAGUAAGAUGCUUUAUCGCCUCAGAUCACUGUGUACAUGAUCAUAGAUAAUGUUGAAAUGUAGUAUUUUGAGCCAUGUAUUCUUUAGGUUUGUUCAUAACAAUGGGUGCAUAUCAGACAUGUAUGUUAUUAAUAUUUGAACAUCCUUGAACAUCCCCAGAACACAAACUUUGAAUACAAGACUAUCUAUGCAGAAAUGUUUUUUAAAGGUUCAACAAGCUUUUAAAAAGAAUAAUGUAGCUUCUGUUUUUCUAAUUUAUUCUUUAAUUGACUUCAUGUAUGUCCUUAAUGAAUGAUCCCUAGCAUCUCAUUAAUUUUCUAUUUAUUUAUAAGGUUAAAGUCUUUGUCUUCAUUUUCGAUGUUUUGUCAUCUGCUUACCAAGGAAAUAAAGCUCAUCUGGGAUAAAUCUA